GAGCGCGCGCACGCGUGACGUGAAACUGGGUGGCCGACAUUCCUCUGAAGGGUGCAGGUGUCUGCUUGUUGGCAAAUCUGAGUCACUCGUUUUUUAGAUUUAUUUUUGGGGGGGGAAACGCUGAUCCUCGUCAGUUUCUGCGUUUGAUCGAACAGCCGCCCACACAGGAGCCAUGGCAGACAAGGAGGAGCAGAUACAGAAGGCCCGACUGGCCGAGCAGGCCGAGCGCUAUGAUGACAUGGCUGCGGCCAUGAAGGCCGUCACUGAGGGGGAAGCGGUUCUUUCCAACGAGGAGCGCAACCUGCUCUCUGUUGCCUACAAGAAUGUGGUGGGGGCUAGGAGGUCCUCAUGGAGGGUUGUGUCCAGCAUGCAGCUUAAGUCUGAAGACAGCGGGAAGACCGCACUGGCCAAGGCGUACAAAGAGAAGAUUGAGUCCGAGCUGAGGGACAUCUGCAAAGAAGUACUGGAGCUGCUCGACAAACAUCUAAUCCCCAAAGCUGAGCCUGCUGACAGCAAAGUAUUCUACCUGAAGAUGAAGGGAGACUACUUCCGCUACCUGGCUGAGGUUGCUUCUGACAGCGAUAAGCAAGAAAUCAUCAACAACUCACAACAAGCAUACCAGGAUGCCCUGGAAAUCAGCGCCAAAGAAAUGCCACCCACGCAUCCAAUCCGCCUAGGCCUCGCUCUAAACUUCUCUGUCUUCUACUACGAGAUUGUCAACUCGCCGGAAAAAGCUUGUCACCUGGCCAAGACGGCCUUUGAUGAGGCCAUUUCCAUGCUGGACACCCUCAACCAUGAGUCGUACAAAGACAGCACCUUGAUCAUGCAACUGCUCCGUGACAAUCUGACACUGUGGAUGUCAGACGCCCAGGGUGAGGGAGAAGAGACGGAGCAGGAGCCAGAACCAGAACCACAACCGGAGCAGGAGCCGCCAGCUGAAGAGAAAUGAACUUCGGGGAAAAAACAAAACAAACACACAUUUUUUACCUCUCACCAGCCUAAGUUGUGUGUGUGGUUGUGUGCACAGAUAUGUAUGUUUACACUCUACUCACAAUGUGUAAAGUACAGUAUGUGUGUGCGUGCAGAUUCAAGUGUGUUUAAUUGUAUGAGCACCUCCACAGAAAAGAAUGGAAUACAUCUGUUUUGUUUCUGUUUGUCAACCGGUGGAUUUUUUUUUUUUCUUGUCCAUGGUUUAGUGCAGAUGAAAUCCCUCCUUUUUUUUAGAGCCAAACCAGCCCCAUGUUCUUUAACCUUAUUCACUGUAGCAAACUGAACUCAAACAAAACAACCUCUAACUUUGAUAAUUUAUACGUUUUUACUUGAGGUCAACAAAAUUCCUCAAAGCACAUAAACUGAGAAAAAUUAAAUAAAAACUUCAUCACAAUGGCAAUGAUAGUACGGAUGGCAGAAUUUACCUUGGUAAAGAUCUAUUACACAUUGCUUGUAGCCAUCCCUCACGUCAAUGUCCAGUGUAGCAGGUAGUGUUUUUAUGGAUGGUACAUGUGUCACGGCUCAGUGGGUUCUGUGUGCGUUUGGGUGAAGGACAGUUUCUUCUUGUUUUGUUUUCUUCCUUUGUAUGAAUGGUCACUUGUGGAAACUUGGCUUGAUGGUUUGAGAGGAUUACAUUCCAUUUAACUGACAUCUUUUCACUCUAAGUGAACUUUGACUAUAAUUUCCUGCAAUUUUCCACAACACAUGACAAGGUAUGGACAGCCUAAGAUGAAGUGAACUAUCUGAUAAAUGGCUCAAUACUGUAACUUUUGAUAUUUGAUCUUUUCAGCAGUGCAGCGCAUACUUUUGCCAUGUGCAUUUGUGGCUUUCUACUCUUUUUUCUAUUCAGGUGUUUUUGUAUUUUCAUUUUGUGUAUUUUAUUCCCCUUUGACUCCUGGAAUGUAUGUGGUUCUCAUUAGUAUGGUAUGAGGGUUAGUCGUGCUUUGAAACUGGCAGGUUUUGCUUAGGAUUUUAGCUUGAACUGUUUAGUUUACAGUAACAUUUAUCUUUCUUGAAAGUACAUUGUGAAAAGAAACUAAAACAUGCUAAAUAUAAACUGAUUAUCAAAGUAACUUGGUUGAGAGCUGUGUUAUGACCAUUUAGUCCCAGAGUAGUGCCAGUUUCUUCUAACUACAGUAUCUUGAUUUUAAAAGAUGGGAUGCAGGAAUCAGAACACUUGAGUACGUUAUUUGGUUAUGUGCUUUUCAUGUAAGUGGAAUUAAAACAUUAAAAUCAA